CAGACGACCAAAUGUUGCAUCUGGAAAACCGAUCGUCAAUGUAAAUGCCAUUAUUUCGAAAAAUGAACAAUGGCUUAGUAUGAUGACAUUUCAACAGUGUUAAUGCUAACAAAAUCUGAAUAUCAUGGUGAAGUAUCUAGGACUGGAUUACCUGUCGCUGGUAAAAUUCAAAAGGAGAGAGAUAAUAGCCCAAGCCUGCCUGUCUGCACCAGAAAUGCAUGAUGACAUUUAUUUGUAUCAAAGUCUGGACAAGAUCCGGUCUCCAUGGAAAGAAGCAAAUGUUGACCUGAUCCCAUCAUUGGGGGACUCUGAUCCAUGGAUUGACAGGUUGUUCUGUGAUGUAGCUCUACUCAAACAGCACUGCCUUGAGAGCUAUGGCAAAGAAGGUCCCUCUGUGAACACUGCCUCAUUAUAUGAGGUUUCAUCGAUAGAGGAUGACAUACAAGAUGAGGACCUGGGAUAUUUAGAUGAGGACCCAUAUGGGGUCUUUGAUUUGACAAACACAAUGAAUAUUGAGGAGGAGUUCGAGGAACCUUACACUGAAGCAUUUAUGAUACAAAAAAAUUACUCAGAUGAUUUCUUUGAGGAGAUUGUAAUUGAUCUUGACAUCAUCUCAUCACAAGUUCCCCCACUGAGGAUAGCGGUCCAGAGUCUGCAGCCAUUAUUUUUACAGGACCCCUUCAUACAGCGGGAAGAGGAAGAGGACAGGUGUGGUCCUUUUGAACAUGGUAAUGCCUUGCCAGAAAGAAGUCCGCACAACUCGGAGGAACAUUUCACACCAGUGGAAUUAUUCCAAGAAGACAUUUUCAUGGAAGUUCCCAUGGUAACAGUUGAAGAACUUCCAAAUCCAGAUUCCUGCAUUUGGAAUCUGGAUCAGCUGUCUCCAUUUCCAUCUAAUAUUGGUACAUCCUACAAACAUAGCAUCAUUGAAACAUGUCCCACAGCCAGAGACUGGUAUUUGGAGACCCUACUGCUUCCCCCAGUUCUGUCAGCCGAGAUCCUUAUAGUGGGGGAACUUCAACCUAUAUCACUCACAAAUUGGUCAAACUCUCCAUCAUUGUCACCGAUUUCUUCACAUCAGCUGAUACAGUCAGAUGUCAACUUUGACCUCUGUUGUGUGGAAAGGUGCAGGUUUUCUGAACCCGAGGUGGAAAGAGUGGAAUAUUUCCACAUGGACAAACUAAGUAAGGAGUGGACCGAGGUCGCGGUAAGGAAAUGGAAUGAGUGGAAAGUGGAGCUGAACUUGCCGUGGAUCAUAAACUCAGCACCUGAAAUCAGAGUGGAUCUGGAAGAGGCAGUCGUAGAAUACAUAAACAAUGGCAGACAAAGAGAGAUAGAAGACCAGGAGGUAUUUUAUAAGGUGUCUUUAUCAGAGUCAGCUCCCUUGGAUCUGUCUAGCACUGUGAUAGAAAACCUGGGAAAAUUGAAAGAUUUACAUCAUUUCAACGAUCCGGAUACUGACAACAGACCAACAUCCUUAUCAAAACACAGUGGACUCCUGCAUUCUGAUCUUAACACAACAAACAGUGCAGACAAAGAUGAUUGUUUCCCUCAAUCAUCCUUUACUGCAUCAAGAAUACAUUUAACUGCACCUUGUGAACUUAAUGAUAAGAGCAAGGGAGAUAAGCAUCAAAAUUCAAUCUAUGUUGAAUCUCCAUCACACGAGACGGAUGGUAGGGCUUUGAUACAACAAUCGGGACUCAUCAGAAUUUCACCCCAGAGAAUCAGCAAACCUGUGACACUCGUGUCCCAGAGCCCCGAGGGAUUCAGAACCCUGAGGUCCCUACAGGAUCCUUUUAUGGAAUCUGGUGACAAUGUGGCUAUGACGAAGACAAGAUUGCUUAACAAUAUAAGUCACAGGAAGACAAAGGAUAAUCCUCUGAAUCAGCUUCCACAGAAUAUCCAAAAGAUUAACAAAAACCAGCAGUACACCAACCCUGAACAGAGGUGUUCACCAGCCUCCCUAAAGAUUAACAAAAACCAGCAGUACACCGACCCUGAACAGAGGUGUUCACUAGUCUCCCUAAAGAUUAACAAAAACCAGCAGUACACCAACCCUGAACAGAGGUGUUCACCAGCCUCCCUAAAGAUUAACAAAAACCAGCAGUACACCAACCCUGAACAGAGGUGUUCACCAGCCUCCCUAAUGGAGGAGAAAGAGAGCACAGUAUCUCAGAGGGUAACAAGAGAUGGUCCAUCUUCAGGACUGACUGUUGGUCAGUUUGAUUCAUGGUCAGGGUCUGAUCAUCAGACAGUGUCUAACACUGACCCAUGUCUUGACCCGGAUGUUGACCAGAGCUACAGUACACAGAAUGACACAGGGGUCAGUUCAGAUAACUCGCAUGCUGCAAAAGGGAGAAAAGCAACAACUAAAACAUCACAGAAUAGUCCUAACAGGAGGCCAUCUAAAUCAAGGAUUAAAUGUAUAUCCUACCAGCUAAACGGUGAAUACCAAAAGAUUCUGAAUCUGAUUGCCCACCAUGCAUCCUAUUUUAUCACAUCUUUGGUGAACAGUGGUGACCUUGACAAAUCUACGACCUUCACCUCCCUGACCUCUGAUUUCACACGAUUUGUCAUGAAAGAGGUCACAAGUCAACCAGGAAAACUACAGUAUGAGGAUAGGUACCGUUAUAGCCUGGCAUUACACACCCUGUGUUGUGCAAGCAAGAUGACUGUACUUCUCUGUCUGGAGUCCUGUCUUGAACUGUUGUCCAUCAUCCAGGAAAAGUACAAGGACCAUCUCAAAGGUUGUUUAGAAACUCUCAGGAAAAAGUUGUUUUCUGCCAAACUGUGGUGUGACCAGGAGAGGAUUAUGCAUCCAAAGAUCUUCCAUGUCUGUCUGUCUGUCUGUAAAACAUUGGCAGGAAGAAACUCAGACAAUCUCAGUCACACGAAGAUCCUGGUGAUAUUGAAUAAAAACCUUGACAGUUUGGUGAGCACACUAGAACAGAGUUUACAGAGGGUGGACAAGGUCAAAGUUCAUGUCCAGGUCACAGGAGGCUGUCAAAAUGUUCUCAACAAUUUGGAUCACUGUAACUGUAUGCUGUUACAUGAAGACCAGAUUGGCUCUGACUUUCCCUGGUCACAGUUCUGUCUGGUUGUUGAGUAUGAAGGGGAUCAUUUUCUAGAUCUUUGUCAGAGACAGAACAUCAAAUAUAGACACUUUUCUUACACACCAACUCCCAGUAAUACAGGUACCAGUACUCCGGAGGUCAACAUGACUAUCGUGUGUUCUAGUUUGAUACCAGAGACUUUUGUACAUGUCCUGGAAUCCAAAUAUGGAGUGACCUGUAUAUACAGAAGCCAGGGGGUGUGGCUGACCCUCCCUUACAUCAUGAUUGACGAGGUGACCUGUGUGGUGAUGUAUGAUGUGUUAGAAGUGGGCAUGGAUUUCUCUGCCCUUCUCUCAGACCUCUCCUACCUAGCCCAACAGUUCAGUGAUGUACUCAUCAUUGCCAGCACUCAUAACUUUAAUCAACCACAACUGAAGCUUAGGCAACAUCAACAGAAACUGAACUUCUGUCUGGGACGGAAUUUUCAGAAUGUGCCUGAUCUAAGGUUCAAGGUAGUGACCAGUGACAGUGUCCAGAUGAUGGCAGAGAUUGUGGCCAGAGUCUGUCACAUGGUCCUGGCAUCUGAUGACCAAAACUGGAUGUCAGUGUCACCCUCCCAGGAAGAGCAGUGUCUGACAGAAAUCCCAAGCAUCAAUCCUAUAUUUGCUCAGAAGAUGCUACAGAUAUUAUCCCUACAGUCUAUCACGGACCUUCACCCAACUCAGCUGUCCAGACUUUUCUGCAAUGUUCCACGGAGAAUCAUUCAGAUGUUUUACAAAGGUCUGAAGAAGCUCAAGUCUGAAAGCAAUCCACCAGAGGUUCUAGUAGAGGCUGGGGGAGUGGCACAAGAAAUUGAUGAUCCUACCUCUCUCUCACCACCAUCAAACAUGGAGGAGGAACCUUCCACAUUUAGAGAAGGUUGUCAGAAGAAUUUCCCAGAGGAAAGUGUGAGUAGCUGGGAGUCGAUCUCAAACCGUGAAAAAGAUCAGGUGACCCCUCUCUCUCAAACUAGCGCCCACUCCAAGUCUGCAAACGAAUUUGUUCGCGCUCAAAGAGGACUCAAGGAGGAAAACAUUUGUUACCUGGAGGAACUCAGAAGAGUGGUUGACAGACAAGUUCAGGAACAGAUGGCUGAUAGUGGGACAGGAGAAACUUGUACUGAUGACAAGGUAACAUCCGCCUGUAAUCUCAUUGAUCCUGAGGUAAAGGUUAAAAAUGACACCUAUUCUACUAUACCAUACCAACUGCAAAAAUUGUACAGAUGUAAUACCAGUGAUUGUAGUUCAAAAACACAUGAUCAAUAUGAUUUCAUUGAUCCUGAGGUAGAGGUUAAAAAUGACAGCAAUUCUACUAUACCAAACCAAAUGGGAAAAAAAUUGUACAACUGUAAUACCAGUGAUUGUAGUUCAAAAACACAUGAUCAAGAGGGUUGCACUCUUGAUGCUUUCCAAACCAGUGCAGAAAACAAUCAACUGGAGAGUGUAGACUUUGACAGUUCACUUCCAACAUGUCAGGAUUUUCAGGACAAUGUUGUUGCUACGACCCGACAAUUAUUGAAGCAUGCAGUUUUGUCUUCAAAUGACAGAAUGUUUCGCAGAGCUGGACCCAGGAAAGUUAGCAUUGGACUGGCAAGGCCACUCAGACAGACACAAGUCGCGGGAGAACCACAAGGUUCCCUAAGGUUGUCUGACUAUCAGAGAGAAGUCACAACACCACAUCAAAGGAAGGACAGUCAUAGUAGAGGUCCCAACACACCUAGUACAAAAUCAUGGAAUGGAAAGGGACUCACACAGUCAAACAGAUGUAAAUUGACCAACCAGAAUUGUUUGUCACAAUCUGUGAGCCAGAGUUAUCUCCCUUUCGAUUGUGACCAAGAGAAUCGAUUGGCGGGAGAGCGGGUAAAGCGAUGGCCAGGUUAUGAUUCACCACCAAUGGACAUAGAGUACAACUAUUAUCCGCAACAGGACACUGAUGAUCUACAAAGCUUGGACAAAACUUCAGCACCUCCUGAUGGCUGGUGGACCAUUAUAGUGGAGUUAGGAAGGGCCUUCCUCAUCCCUGGGGCACCUGCCGCUAGUAAAAAUGCGCCCAUACUGCAGGCCUGCCCUAGGCACCAGGUCGCCACAGGAGGGGUGAUGAUGACAGAGUCCUUGCACAGUGAGUCGGGGGUUGACCGACAGAACAUAAUGCGUUUGAGGAUCAAUAGAAUAGCUCUGGUGCAGGAACUAAGAUCUGAACACAUAAUCAACUAUUUACUGCAGACAGGCCUAAUAUCGGAGUUCGACCGUGAACGCAUAGACAAAGGGACAACACCAGCAGAUAAAUCAAGGCGACUUGUGGACAUUAUAACAACCAAAACACAUGUACCAGACUGGUAUAACAUAUUUCGACAAUCAAUCUUGUCACCUGAGGAUGCCAAUGCCGAGACAAAGAAGCGAUAUCGGUCGCUGGUGGAGUUCCUCGACAAUACCGUCAUCCACCGCCCAAUGUCUCAGUCUUCAAAGUUCAGCAUGAAUAGCUCCAUAAAUUCAUUAAAACUGCCUCGCUAUGAACCACUGCCAGAAAUCUCCAAAUCGGAACAGCAGAAGAGCAGGGGAACGAAUUACAAGAGGAGGACAGAGGAGGAAGAACUGAUGAUGGAAAAAGGAGCCAGGGACAAUGCUCCUGAGAAAGACGACAAGGUUUCGCUCAGCCAUGACAAGCCACAGACCAUGACGCUGGUCAAGGGCUUUUUCCAACAGUGGGUAGCAACACCAGACAACUUCCGAUCACUUCUACAGGUUCCUGAGGAUCUGUUUAGAGAACUGGAGAACUCACAAGACAAAUUUGACAAAGCUCAGCUUGAACAAGAGAGACUAGUGUUUGAGAAGGUCAGAAAACUUGAAAUCAUUGCAGUAUUAGCCAGAAGAAAACAGCUCCCAGAUGGGUUUGAACUCUGCAUGUGUGAAGCGGUACAUGAUGUUUUACUUGACACAAAAAAUCACCACAUGUAUUUCAAAUAUCUGAGGAUGUUAGAAAGAUCUGAUGUUGACCUUUUGAUCGACAUUGUGCAAUCAUUUGGUUCGGUUUUGGAGGGAAUGGACAUCAGUCGAGUUGGAUCAGACGCCACUCAGUCAGCCAUGAAGAUCGGCUUCGCUCUCCUGGAUUUCCUUGGUAAAUACGGCUAUUUCCAACAAGCAGAGGGAAUCAUGACAAUUCUGUUGGCCGUACUGAACCUUUCUCACAACAUCGACUCAUGGGUGACCAAAUACAAAGGCUUCAUCAAACUAAUGCAUUUUAGGAACCUAAAUUACGACUUUAGGAAGACUCAGAAUGCUUAUGGCUUGGUGAAUGAGAUGGAAUGGCAGAUUUCCAUGAUGUCGUUUGGUCAGGAUAUUCUGGAUAAGACUGCGUUCUAUGUGGAGAUGUCCACCCUAAUGUUGGAGUAUGGAUCGGCCAAUGCUUCCUUUGGAUGGGUUCAGAAAGCUAUCAAGAGCAUGAGUCAGGAGUCUCCAGAAGAUGUUGUGAAUACACUUUGUGCUGGAGUGAUGACUUACUGUGCUCGAUGGAGCGUGAAGAGGGCAGAGACUUUGGCCAUUCAAGCAGUGCAGCAGGCCAAACACCACUUUGGGACCAGCCACCCUCUGUACAUCAAGGCCCUUCUCCACUUCUGUCACUUUUCCAGCGAGUUCAAACAGGACAAACAGGGACUGCAGAUCGCCAGGUACACUUUGAGGACUGCCCAGAAAACGUAUAACUGCGAGACGAUCGAUGUGGCCCUGGCUCACAGGGCUGUUUGUAAGGCCCUGCUAGUCCUUCAGGACUUUGAGGACCUGGCUUACUACCACCAUGCCACCGAGGCCUUAAGGAUUGCUCGAAGUCAGCUCCCUGACCAGUACCACGGAAUGAUGGCCAUGUUCCUUCACACCUCAGCCUCAGCACUCCAGUGGAAGGCACUGCAUUCUUCUAAAGAGGCCCAGGACAUGACACUGAAACAAGCUGAGAUGGAGGCCAAACAGGGUUUAAUGGUUGCCUCAUCCACGUACGGAGAAAUCAGUCUCCGGACAUCACAGAUGUGUCUGCUGCUGGGUCAGAUCUACUCCAAAAUGGAUCAAACCCAGCAGGCAGAGGAGAUGUUGAAGAGGAGUGUCCUGUACAUGAAGCUCUGUCAGCCCAGUUACAGCUUCUUCCUGAUGUUAGCCAACGCUACCCUGGGAACAUUCUUCAAGGUCAUGGACAAACCAAGGGAGGCUAUCCAAUUCCUGCAGCAAGUGGUCAAUGCACCGGACUGUGGAGUGUAUUUGAAGUGGGUCCAUGUCUGCUUUGACACAUUGAUUGCCACACUACAAUCACUGAACCGGAACAAAGAGAGUGACCAGUGUCAGAUCCAGUUGUCCAAGUGGCUCCGUGACAACCCAAAACACGACACCACCGUCACGCUCCAACAACUUCAGGAGGAACCGCCAAGUGUUGAAAAGUUCAAGGAUGAGUUUAAUGUGUGGGAGAAAAAGGGCAAGGCCAUCAUGAGUCUCUUAAAGAAAGCGAAGGAUUAGAGACUGCAGCAAUCAUCAUCUUACCAAGCAUUGACUGGUUUACUAUUAACCUAUCAAUCACUUGUAAGGAAUUUGAUUAUUGACUUGUAACCCAUGCUAAUGAAUAAUGAACUUUAAACUGAUCUGAAAUGUGAUUCUAUAUCAGUGAAUCUUUUAGUGUUGAAAAAUGUACAGAUAUGAAAAUAAAACAACUUACUACAGGAAUUUCUGCAUGAAGGUGAUGACAUAUAUUGUAUGUGUAUUUAUCUUAGCAGGAUUCCUAUUUUAACAUCUUUGACUCAAAAGCAAUCACUCUGAUUUAUUUAAACUAUGAAAUUAUCGCUAUCAUACUCAGAAAAAACCUGUAAAUCAUGAUUACUCCAAAUAGUGUAUCUGCGCUGACCGAGUCGAAUUUUAUAUAUGUUAAGAUAAGUACACUUUCAUAUACCGUGCAAACUAAUGAGAGCAGUUUGGCAUGAUCAUGUGACCAGCAUGCUGUUAAUUAUGAAGUUUUGAGUUCAGAUGAACAUUUGAUAAGAACCUUACUUUAAUGAAAGUCUAAGUUUGUUUCAUGAUCCAAGAAUCCGAUGUUUGAGUCUGAGGAAAGUUUCACUCUGUUGAGUGUUCUUUAUUAUGUUGCUUUCUGUUCAAAUCAGAUUUAUCUGUGUGUUUCUACGAUAUUUACUGAUAUUAAAAUGGCAGAUUUAAAAUACCAUUACAAUGUAUAUCUUUGUUACAAUGUCAAUUUACAACAGCAUUGUGAUGUCAUUCUAUCCGUCCAUUUGUUUCGUCAAUAUUUGUUCUGUUGCUAUAGUAACAGAUUUUGUACCUAGCUGAGCAACAGUUGUUUCCUGUAAUAUAAUGUGACCACGUCAUUUGUCAUGAUGUUGUUCUAAUUAAAAACUUUCUUUGAAGAAUAAUAAAAUUUCCCUGACCAAAA